UGUGACAGAAACUCUUUCACGACGUAUUUUCAAUAUAGUACCUCAUAUUACCCCUACAUUGUACCUUUUACUGGUUAUCCAAUACAGCAACAACAAUCCACACAACAUCAUCCAAAUUUCCCAAUAAUAUCCCAUCAUCAUAAUUCAUCGUCGGGUGCAAUUGUUUCUGGCUCGACAAACGCUACCACCGCUGUUGGUGCAGUACCAACAGUAGGCUUUGCUGCAUUUGCCGCGGCUGCUACGGGCAUUGUUGAACAACAUCCACAAUCGACAUCAUUAGUCAGUGUUUGUGCGUGUAAUUUUUGUAAUACGAGUUCAAAUUAUAACACACCUGCAGUGGUCACAACUAAUCAAAUUGUCGUACCACAAACAACUACUCCACAAAAUUCGACAUCAUUGGUAAAUGGUACAUCCACAACUGGAUCAGCAAAUUUAAGUCAAGUGGGUACACCUGGUUCGAAUCAAUCAGCAGCUCAAUUUUGUACACAGUUACAGCCAAGUAGUACAAUUAUUGUAAACCGUUUUACUGAAAUUAAUUGUUACGAUAAUAGUACAUCAGCUCCUUCGAAUCAAAUAACAACAAACGGCGGUUACACGACAGAUCCAGUUGCAUCGAAGCAUUUACAUUUUAUUGGAGAUAUGAGAGGUAGCGACGAAUUAUUAUCACAAUCAGCAGUAUCAGUAAUGGCGCCUGCAACACCACAUCACGCUGACAAUAAUAAUCAAGACAAUGCCAAAAAAGCUAAAAUGGAGACAAACGUAGGGAAGCCAUCGCGAGUCAUUCAUAUUCGUAACAUUCCAAAUGAUGUGACUGAAGUGGAAAUUAUACAUUUAGGUAUUCCAUUUGGUCGUGUCACAAACGUUCUUGUUCUUAAAGGGAAGAAUCAGGCGUUUUUGGAAAUGGCAGACGAAAGUGCGGCCACAUCUAUGGUUAGUUAUUUUGCGAGUUGUAUGGCACAGUUACGUGGACGUGCCGUAUAUGUACAAUUUUCCAAUCACAGAGAAUUAAAAACUGACCAAACACACUCAAAUGCUUCGGCAUCAGCACAAGCAGCUUUACAAGCAGCCCAAGCACUUACUGGUUCAGCAACACUUCCUCCAGCAGCACCAACAACCCCAAACAAUGUUCUCGUAGCCAAUGGACAAGCACAAGACAUACAAGGUGGACCAAAUACGGUUUUACGCGUGAUAAUUGAACAUAUGGUUUAUCCUAUUAAUGUCGAUAUUUUAUAUGUGAUUUUCCAACGUUUCGGAAAAGUAUUAAAGAUUGUUACAUUUACUAAAAACAAUUCAUUCCAAGCAUUAAUUCAGUAUCCAGAUACUGGUUCUGCUCAAGCAGCCAAACAAGCAUUAGAUGGACAAAAUAUUUAUAAUAGUUGUUGCACUUUACGGAUUGACUACUCAAAAAUGUCAUCAUUGAAUGUAAAAUAUAAUAAUGAUAAAUCACGUGAUUAUACAAAUCCAACAUUACCGAGCGGCGACGCAGCCGAACAUUUAGGUGCUGCAUUAGGUGCAGGAAUUGGUGGUUUAGGUGCUGAUAUUUUACCACAAUUAUUACUUGCGUCACAACCGGCAGCACGUUUGGCAAGAGAUCGAUUAGCAGCAGAUUUUUGGAAUUUUUCUAUAGGAGCACCAGGCGUCUUAAGCAAUCCCUUCAUGCACAAUUUGGCGUCACCCUUAACAUCACCAUAUGCAGGUGCUGUAGCCGGCGGUCUUCCAGCCUUAGGUGCAUUUACACUAGGUUCUGGACCACCGGGUAUACGUGGCUUGGCGACACCAAAUCUCGGAUUAGGCACAGUUCUACUUGUUAGCAACCUUAAUGAAGAGAUCGUCACGCCCGACGCUCUUUUUACCCUAUUUGGUGUCUACGGUGACGUGCAACGCGUAAAAAUUUUAUACAACAAAAAGGAUUCAGCUUUAAUACAGCUUGCAGAGCCACAUCAAGCACAUCUAGCAAUCACACAUAUGGAUAAACUUCGAGUAUUUGGUAAAAAUAUACGAGUAAUGCUAAGUAAACAUCAAUCGGUGCAAUUACCAAAAGAAGGACAGCCUGACGCUGGAUUAACAAAAGAUUAUUCACAAAGUUCCCUACAUCGCUUUAAGAAACCUGGUUCUAAAAAUUACCAAAAUAUUUACCCUCCAAGCGCUACUUUACACCUUAGUAACAUACCAGCAACGUGUUCGGAAGAAGAUAUCAAAGAGAAAUUUACAGCCAAAGGUUUUCAAGUAAAAGCCUUUAAAUUCUUUCCUAAGGACCGUAAAAUGGCAUUAAUACAACUUCCCUCAAUUGAUGAUGCUGUGGCAGCCUUAAUAGAAAUGCACAAUCAUCAAUUAUCCGAAUCAAAUCAUCUUAGAGUAAGUUUCUCUAAGUCAAACAUCUAGGUCACAAAUUAUUUUUACAUGAUUUAAAUGAAGUGGAAGGGUAAUGUUGAAGACAAAGAAGAAACGGCAACGGGUGUGUUGCAAACACAAAAUAUAAAACAAACAAAAUAACACACGACCAUAUAUUGGUUGUUGUCAUCCAGACUGUAUUUGUACACGCUGUACAAGAUGGUACUAACUAUUAUUAAUGUUAUACAUUUAAGAUAAACGAUUUAAGAUGUCACACAGUAUUUUUUUAGUUAAUUUUAAUUUUACUUGUCUUUUUUAUUUUAAUUUUUUU